AUGGAACCGCGUAGAGAUCGAGGACUGCUAGCUUGGUGGCUGUUGCUUUGCAGGCCAGCCGACAGACCGAAUGAGAUCCCAACUCCUCAAAACUGCAAAGUUGUGCGAUUUUCUGCGUUUGCGCUGCAGAAUAAUGAGGAUACUGUAGAGAGCAGUCACCGAGUCCAUCGCCGUCAUCCCCACAGUUUGCGACGAAGUAACACUCCCUCCGUGACGUCCCUUCCCCCUACGCCGAAUCGGUCACACACAGCUCCGCCGGCAUCGGUCAGUCCGGGUGAGCAGUGGCGACGUUUCCAAUCUCAGGUCUCCAGCUACUUCUCCCGUGGUGGUGGCAGCACCGGCGGAGGCGGGAGCAGCAGUACGUCCACGUCCACCCCUCCCCCUACUGAAAAGUCGUCCUCUCGGCGGCCCGGCUAG